AUGGACCCGUACGACCGCCCUGCCGCAGCCGGAGACUCAGAGAACGUCCUGGCACGAUUUCGGGCGACGCAGAAUGGCUCGAAUCCCAACAACGAGCCUGUUUGCCUUCCCGACGCCAACGCGCAGCCCGUGAUCGAUGGGGCGGGCACUGCUUUCGUUCCCUUCCAGGAUGGCAAGAUCUAUGCCGUACGGGACGACAACGGCGACGGCAAGAUCUCGCCCGAAGAAGUACAGGAGCACCUGGUGGGCGCCGGUUUCCAGGCCUCACCCGCCAUGGCUCCAGGGCUCUUCGCAGUGAUCGACUGCAGUGGGCGGCUGGAGGUUUUCCUGGGGCCAUGA